CCUAAAAUCAAAACACGCGAGUCUUCUUCCUCGCAGAGUCAUCUUCCUCGCGGCCAUUUUGCAGAUUCAUCUGCGCAAUCUCUUCCGGUUCAGAAUUGUCCAGAUCUGGGGCAGCCUCGCUCCGCCUUGCAACGCCUCCUCACGCCUUGCCCGCGCUAUACGUGCAACUCGCGAAAUAGCCGACCGCCUCAGACGAUUCCCUGCCGCCUCGCUUCGACGCGCGCGAAGGCAUGCCUUACACUGGUCUAACCCAAACCUAACGCAUAGUACUGGCGGGAACGCUAACCAGAGAGAGCCAGAGAGCAGGACAUUGAACAGAAGCAGCAAGUACACCUCGGUCCACGGCGAGAGACAGAGACUUAUUGGUUCAUAUUAGGACGCUAGUUGCUAUUGUUGGAAACUGAACCUGAAGACAACCCAAAUGUUCUACCUCAGCCGAAUUGAGCACACUCUGCGUCUGCCUCCUCAUCUGCUUAGCCUUCGUCUAGAAGAUGCAGUUAGGGGAGAGCUUGAGAAGCUUUUCUUAGAUAAGGUUAUCGCCAACUUGGGACUUUGCAUUUCUGUCCAUAGUAUCCAAUCCAUUAAGGAUGGCUUUAUCUUACCUAAUGAUGGUCAUCCAACUUUUAGGGUGGAGUUCACACUGAUUAUGUUUCGUCCAUUUGUGGGAGAGAUAAUUGUUGCAAAACUUAAAGAAUCUACUGCAAAUGGUUUACUUCUAUUUGCUGAGGAUUACAGGGAUAGAGUCGUGUGGAUAUGGAAGUUUCCUGAUUCAGAUGAAGAACUUGUUAUUGAUGGGAUAGACCAGAUAAAAUUCCAAGUUCACAGUGUGAACUUUCCUCCAAUUCCAAUUGAGCAGCCAGAAGACUCAAAACCAUUUGCCCCUAUGGUGGUUACAAAGAUAAGGAUGAAGAACCUGAAGAUCCUUAAGCUGACAGACCUUCAGCAAAGGGGAGCUACUUCUAUCAUGUUUCUCAUGAAUGUGUUUAAGGCAUGAAUACAAUUUGAUUUGAGCUUGUAACUUAUUCAUUUUAGAUUAUACAUAAACUAUUGUAGUUCAAAUUAGCUUGAUGGGAAGGUGGAUAAACUUUGGUGGUGUAGGGGGUAAGAAAAUAUUUGUAUGAAUUCCAUUGUGAAUCAGCUUAGCUUGAGCCUUGAGGAUUAGUGGUUUUGACCUGCUGCCCCCAUUUGCAAUAUCUUGGGGAUACUGCUACUUGCACAUAUCUAAAUGUAUUUCUAGCUUCAAAAUGUUUUCUUUGAGUGUAGAAUUGUGAAAGCACUUGAUAGAAUAAAUGGACUUGUUUUUUUAUUUA